CACGCAGAAAUGCUUACGGAACAACACCAAAGACCGCCAGAUAUCGAAGACUUGGUGCAAAAAAAAUUCCAACUAGACUAUUCCAACUGGCUGUUGUCUAAAGAAGAUAAAUUCUGUUGACGGAGCUUCUUAUAAAUAUCAACAUCUCCAGGAUAGAGUUGCUCACAAAAAUUUUAGUAGAAGAAUAUAUACUUCUAGAUUUUGAAGGAAAGAUGGGUUGGUUGUGCCUCCUCUUCCUGCUCUUUACUGCUUGUCAAUUCAACUCUACUUGCUCAUCAUCAUCUAACUCUUCCUCUUCUCUUUCUUCAGGGCAUUUAUGCCAUCCCGAUGACAGCUCUGCUUUGCUCCAAUUCAAGAACUCCUUUUCUAUUGAUACCUCUUCUGAUUGGACAAUUUCUUCUUGGCAGAAAGCCAAGGAUUGUUGUGCAUGGAGUGGAGUCACUUGUGAAAAGCUGACAGGUCAUGUGAUCGGUCUCGAACUUGGCUUCCUUCGAGGCAAGAUCCAUUCCAAUAGCAGCUUAUUCUUUCUUCACCAUCUCAAGAGGCUAGCCCUCAUGGAAAAUGAUUUUGAAGGUUCCCCUAUUUCAUCCAAGUUUGGUGGAUUUGUAAAUAUGACUCACCUUGACCUCUCUUUCUCCAAUUUCAGUGGCCCAAUCCCUUUCCAGAUCUCCCUCCUUUCCAACAUGGUUUCACUCAAUCUCAGACAAGACGCAGAGACAGUUGCGACUCUGAGUCUGGAUACACUUAGCUUGAACAGAAUUGUUCAAAACUUAACCAAUCUUAGGGAGCUUCAACUGUUCGGAGUUGACAUGUCUUUAGUUAUACCUGACUCCUUCAAAAAUUUGUCCUCUUCUUUGACAACUCUUGUCCUCUUUGAUUCCCAAUUGCAAGGCAAAUUCCCAGAAAGCGUUUUCCGCCUACCAAACCUUCGAGUACUAAACUUAGACUUCAACAAAAACCUCACAGGUUCUCUCCCCAAUUCUAAUUGGAGCAGUCCACUCGAAACCUUGGGCCUCUCUUAUACUAGAAUCUUAGUAGAUUGGCAUCAUCUCACCAGAUCUUUAAAGUCGUUACGAGAUUUGUCUCUCUCAAAUUGCACUUUUAUAGGAUCAUAUCUUGCAUCGCUUGGUAAUCUCACACAAAUCACGUCGUUGGACCUCUCGCAAAACGGUUUUGGUGGCCAAAUUCCAUGGUCGCUUCUGAACCUUGAGAGACUCACUACUUUGGAUCUUAGUGGCAACAAUUAUGUGGGUCAGAUUCCAGAAGUUGAGAGCAACUCGACAGGGAUCGCUUCUUUAUAUGAUUUUUCAAAAGGACAACUGGUGGGUCCUAUUCCUCGACACUUAUCUUACCUUUCUUUAUCAGAAAACUCAAUCAACGGAACAAUACCAUCUUGGUUAGGUAGCUUGCCAUCAUUGGAUCAGUUACACCUUGGAAGUAACCAACUUGGCGGUAAUAUCGUUGACUUCCAAUCUCGUUCUUUGUCAUUCCUUGAUUUAGGCGCUAACAAGCUGGAUGGGCUUAUUCCAAGAUCAAUCUAUGAACUCGUGAACCUUGGAUGGCUUGAUUUAUCAUCCAAUAACUUGGGUGGAAAUUUGGAGUUUGAAAAGUUUUCCAAACUUCAAAUUCUCGGUGGGCUUAAUCUUUCCUUCAAUCAUUUAUCCUUGAGCUUCAACCAUUUGAGUAACAACACCUGGCCUCAACUUUUGUUACUAGAUUUGUCAUCUUGUAACAUAAGUGAGUUCCCAUACUUUCUUAGAGCCUCACAAGAUUUGGACAUGUUAUACCUUUCCCACAACCGAAUCCAAGCCGACAUUCCCAAAUGGUGGUUAGAUUUGGGGAAAGAUUCAUUGAGGUAUUUAGAUCUUUCUCACAACUCUUUGACUGGCACUGUAGGACAGCUUCGGUGGAAAAGACUCCAGUAUCUUGACCUUCGCAACAAUUCGCUCCAAGGAGACCUUCCGAUUCCACCACCUUCCACAUAUUACUUUUUCAUAUCAAACAAUCAAUUCACUGGAGAGAUGCCUCCAACGAUCUGCAGCCUGAGUAUUCUUCGAAUCCUUGAUUUGUCCAAUAAUAAAUUGAGUGGCAAAAUUCAUCAAUGCAUAGGGAACUUCAGCCAAAGCCUCUCUGUUUUGGAUCUACGGAAUAAUAAAUUUCAUGGUGUGAUUCCUGGGACAUUUUCUAAGGGAAAUGUUUUGAGAAAUCUUAAUCUUAAUGGAAAUCAGUUGGAAGGGUCAUUGCCACGAACUUUGCUCACAUGUACAGAGUUGGAAGUUCUAGACCUUGGAAACAACAGAAUUCAAGACACAUUCCCAAAUUGGCUGGAAUUUCUUCCGAAGUUGCAGGUUCUUAUCUUGAGGUCUAACAAACUCUAUGGUGAAAUAGGCAUUCCAGAAACUAAGUUUCCAUUCCAAAAAUUGCGUAUCAUGGACCUCUCCUACAAUCGGUUUAGCGGUCUCUUGCCAACAAAAUAUUUUGAACAUUUGACGGCCAUGAUAAACUUGCAAGAACAUGAACUGAAAUAUAUGGGAGAGGGCUACUAUCAGGAUACUGUGAUAGUGACAAUUAAAGGCUUUGAAAUUGAAAUGGUGAAGAUUCAAACUUUCUUCACAACUAUUGAUUUCUCAAACAACACUUUCAGAGGAGCGAUUUCAAACGUAAUCGGUAAGCUUAAAUCAUUGAAGGGGCUUAACUUUUCUUAUAAUGAGCUUACAGGUACAAUUCCAUCAUCAUUUGGCGAUAUGAGCAAUCUUGAAUGGUUAGAUCUCUCUUCAAACAGACUUGUUGGUGCUAUUCCGGAGAAAUUGGUAAAUUUGACGUCACUAUCAAAGUUUAACGUUUCAAAAAAUCGACUUGUAGGACCCAUACCUCAUGGCAAGCAAUUUGAUACAUUUGAAAAUGAUUCAUAUAGUGGAAAUACAGGAUUGUGUGGAUUGCCACUUUCUAAAACAUGUGGUGCACAUCAAUCACCACCAUCGUCAUUCAGACAAGAGGGUGAUUUGGAGCACGGGAAUGGUUUUGAUUGGAAGGUAGUGUUGAUGGGGUAUGCAUCUGGGGUGGUAAUUGGAAUAUCUGUGGGAUAUCUUGUACUCCCUAAUGGAACACCAGAUUGGCUUGUUAAAGUAGUAGGAAGAAAGCAACGUCGUAGAACUGUGGAAAUCACACAGCGACGUGCUUAAAGAAACCGUUCCAAAAGUUUAUGUAUUUUCAUAUUGUAUAUCAUUUCUUAUGAAUAUUGUAUUAUGUUAAAGCGCCAAUAAAUAUGCAUGAAUUC